AUGAAUUUGUGGGGAGGACAUUUACGGGAAAAGUGGAAGAAGGAGAAGGAGAAGGAGAAGGAGAAGGAGGAAGAGAAAGAGAUAGAGAUAGAGAAGAAGGAGAAGAAGAAGAAGAAGAAGGAGGCGGAGGAGGAGGAGGAGGAGGCGGAGGAGGAGGAGGAGGAGAAUAUGGAGAAUAUGGAGAAGAGGAUGAGGAUGAGGAUGAGAAGGGGAUUGCCUGCACCAAAAAUGCCCACCCGAAAACGUUAA